UGAGUGCGCGUCUUAUCAAUACAAUCGAUUUGUGAUAAGAAAAAAGUCCCUCCGAAUGUGGAAUACCGUGAGCUCAUCGAAUAUUUCAUAUAAAUACGAAGUUUUCAUCCCAAACACUUAAUUGAAUCGUUUCAAUAAUGUUUGGGAAGAAAGUAGUUGUGUUUAGUUUGGUGGUGUUGGCAGUUGUUUCUCAGGUCCAUGAAAACAAAGUCGAUGACCUCCUUAGGAGACUGAAAGCCGCCGUAGACAAGGCCAUGGUGCAAGCUCAGGAACAACUUGACCGAUCGAAAGUUCAACUGCAACAACAUGCUGCCGAAGAUGUAGCUGACGGCAGAGCUCAGAUUGAAGUGAGCAAGAAGGGCUACGUUGAUCAACUGGACAAAAUAAAGGCUGACAACAAAGACAAAGAUAUUAGCUCUUGUCUUGGCGAAAAUGAAACAAAACUAAAUAACCUUGUGACUGACUAUGGAACCCAGAUGGACAACUGUGUGAAUGACAAUAUCAAUGAGGGAACCAAAUACGCUCAAGAUGCAUUAGAUCGGGUAAAGAAAAUAGUGAGCGACGUCGAGAACAUCCGUCAAGAAAUCAAGGACUGCGGACAUGGCUGGAAAGCUGCGAAAUGCAUUGCCAAACUGGCCGUAAGGAUCGAAAAGGAGAUUACAAACUUGCCUACGAUUAUCGAGGGCGACGUUGUAGCCACAGCGGCCAGAAUUGCCCAACUGGACCCAAAACUAAAGGGCUGCGCUACUGACAAGGUGAACGAAGCAAGGACACAGGGGCAGACGCUUUUGGACACAAUCAAGCAGUGCGUUGCGAAUAUACAUUGAAUUGUUGCUAAUUAGGAUUGAUUAAAUUGUUUAUUGUUUUAUAGAAAACGGAAUUUGACCUUUCUCCUCCCCGACGGUUCCUCUUCUGUGGCCAAACGUAAAUGCUAUGAUGCCAAACUUUUUAAACCCAGAACAAGAGCCAACUUAAUCUUAGGGAACGCGCUACUGUUUCAGGUAGAUGUGAAUAGGAUAUGCCACAAAAGAUUUAUGGUUUCUAAAUUGACUUGAAUAAUACCACACAUUCUGUGAAAAAUGUUUUUUUUAAUAUGAAGCAGAUUUGAUUUUUUAAACAGUACGUCAUAGAAUCUGUUUAUUGCAUUUUGCAAAGCACGCUGAAAGCUAACAGCUUCAAUAUUUUGACUUCCUACACCACUGGGCGAGGAAGUAUUGUGCAGUCGCGAAAAAUUUCGAAAAUGAGUUAUUUUGCUUUUUGGAUGUUAUAUAACAUGUACAUCACGAAAAAGCAUGUCACAUUUCCGUAGGUCUUUCUGUCGGUCUGUCUGUCCGCUAAUCCUUGGACCUCCUAUAACUUAGGAAGUACCGCUCGGCGUUGGAUGGUCACCAUUAUGCCAAAGACGAAAAAACUUUGUUAUGAUAUUUAAAAAAGGUGAAAAUUGUGAUGUUGAAAACUAUAGGCCAAUCGCGCUAUUAAGUAUUUUCUCGAAAAUCAUUGAAAAAGUGGUUGCAAUGAAAAUUGAAAAUUACUUUCUUAAAUUUGCUAUUAUCACAUAUGCUCAACAUGGUUUCAGGGCAGGCUACUCAACUGCAACAAGCAUUAUCGAGUAUGUUCAGUAUGUUUGUGAUAAACUUGAUUUAGGUAAUUACGUAGUGAGUAUCCAAUUCGACUUGUCUCAGGCCUUUGAUUGUGUAAGUUCGUCAUUUGUGGUCGAUAAACUUCAUCAUGUUUGCAUUCGCGGCUGUUUGAAUCAAUGGCUAGUUAGCUUUUCAGAGAAUAGAAAAUUUUAUGUUACUGUCGCU